CUUGAACUGAGCUCGUGUCGCUCGCCAAAUUUGUGGAAAGUGACGCGAACGAUAAUAAUAAAGAAAUGAUCGGGGUUUAUUUGAACAUAGUCCAAAGUGAAAAAUAGCACGCCAUUAUGUGUUACGACGAAUCAUGACGUAAAUCGCAACAAACGAAUUUGGUUAACAACCAAUCCGACUGGUAAAUACAAACAGCUGACAAACUGUCAGGUUUGUUUACAGUAUCAUUCCAAUUUGACUUUGUGUAGCGAUGUAUCAUUAACUUUCCGAUAUUUUUGGCAGCGAUUAGACUCUGUUUUAGGUAUCAGCGGCCAGGUUAAAUUCUGUUUUAGUUUUUUUUUUAAAUUAUGGAGGGUAUUCGAUGCGGUCAGUGCGUGUUUUAUAACGAUUUCGAUUCGGCCAAUUUGUCCAGGGUCGAGUUCGUCACUCAGCAGGAAUUGGCGUUACUCAAGCUCACCCCCGGCCCGACACACGAUAAAUUUGAAGUACCGGACGCGGAGUUUAAUAUUUGGACGAGACCGGACUGCGACGGAACCGAGUUCGAAAAUGGCAACAGGACGUGGUUUUAUUUCGGAAUUAAAGCUUGCGAACCGGCAUUGAAUGUCCGGUUGAAUAUGGUAGACCUUAACCGCCAGGGAAAGAUGUACAGCCAGGGCAUGGCUCCGGUUUUCAGAAUUCUGCCCGGCAAACCCAAAUGGGAAAGGAUACACGACAAACCCACUUACAACCUAAGCGACGAUAUUUUCACGUUAUCCUUCAAAUACCGCACUCCGGACAACCCGGAGUGCUGCACCUAUUUCGCGUUCACAUACCCCUUCUCUUAUGUCGAUUUGCAAAAGUUGCUGGUCAAUAUAGACCACAAGUACCUGGCGAUCCAGCCCAUAGGCGAGGACGACAUUUAUUACGUCAGGGAGACUGUGUGCAAGUCUCUGGAGGGCAGAAACGUGGACCUGAUCACGAUAUCGUCCUACCAUGGGAUCACUGCGGAACGCGAGGAGCGUUUGCGGGGCCUGUUCCCCGACAAAAACGUCCCCAGGCCCCACAAAUUCGUCGGCAAAAAGGUUAUAUUUGUUUCUGCCCGGGUUCAUCCCGGCGAGACGCCCUCGUCGUUCGUUUUCAACGGCCUGCUGAAUCUCCUGCUGUGCAGGGACGACCUUCAGGCGCAGUACCUGCGCAAGUUUUACGUGUUCAAACUAGUACCCUUUCUGAACCCUGACGGGGUUGCUCGGGGGCACUAUAGGACCGAUACCCGAGGCGUAAAUCUGAAUAGGAUUUAUAUGAAUCCUAGCAUCGUGGAACACCCUACGAUAUACGCCGCCAGGGCUUUAAUAAGGUACUACCACUACGGCGCCGAGCGCGACGACAAGACCACAGACGAGAGGGAUUGGUCGGGCAAGAUGACGCGCUGCGCGGACUGCAGCCGCGUCAACGAGAACAACAUGUCGACGAUGUCGCUUCGCGUGGACGGCGCCGUCGACACCCGAACGACAUCGUGGUGCUCCAAAUGGCGUAGUUUUUGCCGUCAUUGCGGUCGCAAACUCGUGCGGCACGGGGAACGGGACGAGGUCGAGUUCGAGACGGCGACGGUAGAUGGCGAUCGCGGCGACGUCAACUCGAACGAAUCCGGCCUGUUCCUUUACGUGGACAUGCACGGCCACGCCUCCAAGAAGGGCAUCUUCAUGUACGGCAACCAUUUUGCGGACGCGGACCGCAGAGUCGAGUGCAUGCUGCUGCCGAAACUGAUGGGCCUCAACAAUCACCAUUUUCAUUUUCAAGCGUGCAAUUUUACCGAGAGGAACAUGUAUCUCAGAGAUAAACGGGACGGGAUGAGCCGGGCGGGCUCGGGUCGCGUGGCAGUGCUCUCCCUCACCGGCAUCGUUAAAAGCUACACCUUGGAGUGUAACUACAACACGGGCCGCUUGGUGAACGCGUUGCCCCCUGCCACGGUGAAAGAGGCGGCGGGCAGAGCUCACGCGACCUCCCCGGUGCCGCCCAAAUACAAUCCGCAGAUAUUCGAAGAAGUUGGCAAGUCGUUGGGCGUCUCGAUCUUGGACCUGACCGGGCAGAACCCUUUUUCACGGCUGCCCAACUCCGAGUUCCACAGUCUCGCGGGAUUGAGGGAGUGGUUGAGGAGUAGCUGCGGCGAGUGCCGCGACCCGAGACCCAAGUUCACCCAGGGAAUCGCCGGCGGGGCCAGGGGUGGCAAAAAGCCGCCCAAUAGGGCGGGCCGGGCCGCCCCCUCCGUAGACCGCAAGGAAAACUUGCCGGGGUGCUCGAAACCGUCCGCGGCGAAACUGAAUCGCUCGCUGAAAGCGAAAAGCAGGAAAGAGAUGUCGCUGCGGGCGAAAAACGUCGGGCCGGCGCAAUCGGCCGACAAACUCGUCGCUUCCGGCAAGCGUUCUGCGCAGAAGGUGAAAAAUCAAGAAGGCGGCGGCGACGCGGUGCGCCUGCGGGAGAUUUGUUUCAUCAAGAGCGGCGAGGGCAAGAAGACGAUGAUCGCGAAGUACAAAAACAAAAAGGGCGGCGAGGAUUUCGACGACAGCCUGAUCGUGUCGUGGGACGCGCCCGCGUCCAAAGCGACCGUGUUUACGUCACGGAACGCGUUGCCGAGGUCGCCAUCGGAACCGAGUACCAGCAAGCAGGGCGUGUUUCGCGCGCACAACUUUUCGAAAACGGUCGCCGCUUCGUCGUCGUCGCGGGUCAAACUCAAAAAACAGUCGCUGCGCAGGUUAUCGAGCGCGGCCGAGCUGGCCAAGGCGGCGGCCUCGGCCGUCGCCGAGAAAAAGAAGAAGAAGAGGAAGCUACGGGUGAAGUGACGGCGCGAGGGAAACGUCAGUCGCGGUUUUUCAUUUCGACGAGAGCGUGAUAUUUUUUGUGAUUCGAUUUAGAUUUUAUUUAUUGCGAAAUUAAUAUACGCCCC